AUGGCAGCCGCAGUGUCCAUGCCCUCCAAUGUGGGCGUAGGCUCUUCAGGUCCUCAAAGAAGCGCUUCAAGCAUGUCGCGCACCACUUCGUCUCCUCUACCAGACUUGGGUCACUUACCGGACAACUUUGUGGACCAUCUACUCCUCAUCACCCAAUCUCUAGUCAACACCAAACCACCCGUGGCGCUCAGAAGGCUGCAAGAUGCGGGACUAACGAGGAUCUCGCCCGCAGUCUCGACGCCACCGGAGCAGGAUGAUGUUGCAAAUGCUUCAGGUCAAGCUGCCGAAGAAGUUGGGGAAUCAGAGGAUGGUGCAAGUGUGGGAAGCGAGUACGAAACCGCGCUUGGACAUGGCUCACCUUCUGCUAAAAGAGCUCCCUUGCUCGGAGCAUCAGGGCCUAGCAAUGGGCUGCACAGUGCACAAGGGCCAGACUUGCAAGACCACAGUGAAGGUGUCGUCUCUUUACCGCUCCCGCGCUUUCACUUUGAUGGCGGAGACUCGCGCACUCAGCAGAUCGAGUCGAACUUGGGUCGUCUAGUGGAGAGGCUUUGGAAAGCAGAGGAAGACCUGGAAGAUGUACUGCUCAAGCAGGCAGCUGCUUCGGGUGUGAGCUCUGCGGGAACACUUACAGGCGCAGUGUCUGGCCAUGCAAGUCCAGUGCCAAUCUUUGCAACGCAGCAUGCCGGUCUCGCGUCGGUACAGCGCUCAGCCGGGGAUGUGUUGCCGCCUCACGCUUCUUCGCUACCAGCUGCUGCUUCAGCUGCUUCUUCGCCCAACGAGACUCGAACGGAGGCCAAGUCCUCCAUUUUGCCUGGCUUUCCUUACCCGCUGUCCGGCGCUCACCCUCAAUCUUCGACGUACCCCCUCUCUUACCCUCUGGGCAUGGGUCGCGAUGGACCGGUGCUCCUCACGCCAGCCAGAGGCACAGCUGAUGCGCCGGAAAAUGCAGUUGGAGCUUUUGAAAAGUACAGCGACGAGAGUGGCCUGAGCGCGCAGGAAGAGCUUCGACUAUUGAAAGCGCAAGUUCAGGACAUUGCCAGAGUGUGCAAAGCGGUUGCCUUUGGGGACCUGUCUCAGCAUAUCACCGUACCCGUGCAGGGCCAUGUGAUGGUGGAGCUAAAGGACAUCAUCAACCAGAUGGUGGAUCGACUAUCCACCUUUGCUGCUGAGGUCACCCGCGUCUCCCUCGAAGUGGGCACCCAAGGCAAGCUCGGUGGGCAGGUGGAAGUAGAAGGCGUGGAGGGUCGCUGGAAGGAGCUCAAGGACGUCGUCAAUCGACUUGCCGAGAACCUUACCACCCAAGUCCGAGGUGUCGCCUCAGUCACUAAGGUGAGCGUGAUCCGCAGACUGGUCAGUAUCCCAGCUCAGGACAUUGACCCUUCCAACCGCCAAUCCAUUGUCAGGCUGUUGCACGAGGAGAUCUUUCGAAGCAGAUUGAAGUAGAGGCAGAUGGCGAGAUCUUGGAGCUGAAGGUGACGAUCAAUGUGAUGGUCGAUCAACUGAGGCAUUUUGCCAACGAGGUGACCCGCGUAUCCAGAGAAGUAGGCAGUCGUGGCCAGCUGGGUGGACAAGCGCAUGUGCCAGGCGUGCAAGGAGUCUGGAAGGAAUUGACCGUCAAUGUAAGUGGUCUUAAGAAGAGGUGUCUGCUAGCUAGUUGCUGAAGCAUGCGACUCGUGCCCGACCAGGUAAACCGCAUGUGCUCCAAUCUUACCGAACAAGUCAGAUCCAUUGGUAUGGUCACCACUGCCGUUGCCAAGGGUGACCUGACCAAGGUCAUUGAUAUCGAGGCUGAGGGUGAAAUGGCCCAGCUCAAAGACACUGUCAACUCGAUGGUUGGCCAGCUCCGAGUGUUCGCGAGCGAGGUGGUCCGCAUGUCGAUGGAAGGUGAGGCUAGCCCCGCCAAAGCAUUCCUACGCGUUCUCAAUCAUUGACGCCUGCUACCUGUAUCCCACUUUGUAGUCGGAACGUACGGCAAGCUUGGAGGCCAAGCUCAUGUUCCGAACGUCGAAGGCACCUGGAAGGACCUGACAGAGAAUGUCAAUAAGAUGGCAGACAACCUCACGAGUCAGGUUCGAGAAAUUGCUCGCGUUACUAAAUGUGUCGCCGAAGGUGUGCUCACCGAGUUCAUCACUGUGGAUGUCAAGGGAGAGAUUCUGGAUCUCAAGAUGACAGUCAACAACAUGGUCAGGCAACUCAAGACGCUUUCCGAUGAGAUCAUCAGAGUGUCUGUCGAGGUCGGCACAGAAGGUAGACUUGGGGGUCAGGCCAAUGUGGACGAUGUGAAAGGACAAUGGCAAAUUCUCACAGAAAGAGUCAACAUGAUGGCCAGCAACUUGACGACGCAGGUACGAUCAAUCGCCACCGUCACUACAGCUGUCGCUCGCGGCGACCUUAGCAAGACGAUCAAUGUGGAAGUCAGAGGAGAGUUCCUCGACCUCAAAGUAUGUGCACAGACAGCGCCUUCCGUCGAUUGAAGGUGUCCGAACUGAAACGUCAUUGCCUUCUACAGCUUACUGUCAACAACAUGGUCGAGUCACUUCGAACCUUCUCUACAGAGGUUACUCGUGUGGCAAAGGAAGUCGGCACCGAAGGCAAGCUGGGUGGUAGAGCCACUGUGCUCGGCGUUGGCGGAACAUGGAAAGUGGGUAUGUCUGAGGCACGUGUGCUUGCCCCAGCCGACGCUAAGUGAUUGCCUCCUGUAGGACUUGACAGACUCUGUCAACACAAUGGCGGCGAAUCUCACGCUGCAGGUGCGAACUAUCGCCCACGCUACAGUAAGUCGAGUUGCACACUGCGCGUGAUGCCAGCGCCACCCGAACUCAGCUCACAACUUUGCGAUGCCCUUUCGUAGACGGCUGUCGCUCGAGGCGAUCUCACCCAAAAGGUCACCAUUUCCGUAUCGGGAGAGAUUCUUGACCUGGUCAACACCAUCAACAACAUGAUUGACCAAGUCAGUCUCACGGCAUGAGUUUGCCGAGGCUUGUCGAAGAGCAGGCGCUGACGUCUGAAUACCGCCCCUCCGCAGCUGUCAUUCUUUGCUUCAGAAGUGACCCGGGUGGCGCGAGAGGUAGGGACCGAGGGCAAACUGGGUGUACAAGCACAAAAGAAAGACAUCAAGGGCAAGUGGGCUGAAAUCACGGACAACGUCAACAUUAUGGUAAGUGAAUGAUCGCCAACUUUGUACGGAAUCAGCCCUGACUUGCUCUUAUCUUGUUAGGCGAACAACCUCACGUCGCAAGUGCGUGCGUUCGCGCAAAUUACCGCAGCUGCAACGGAUGGAGACUUUACCAGAUUCGUCACUGUCGAAGCCUCCGGAGAAAUGGAUUCGCUCAAGACCAAGAUCAAUCAGAUGGUCUACAGUCUGCGCGAUUCUAUUCAGAAAAACACCGCCGCCAGAGAAGCAGCCGAGCUGGCAAAUCGCAGCAAGUCCGAAUUCUUGGCAAACAUGUCGCACGAGAUCAGGACACCGAUGAACGGAAUCAUCGGCAUGACCGCCCUCACACUCGAGACGGAGUUAUCUAGAAGCCAGCGCGAGAAUCUUGUGACCGUCUCAACGCUGGCAGGCAACUUGCUUGCCAUCAUCGACGAUAUCCUCGACAUUUCCAAGAUCGAAGCGGGUCGGAUGAAUGUUGAAGAGAUUCCCUUCUCUCUGCGAAGCAUCGUCUUCAGCGUCCUCAAGACGUUGUCCGUCCGAGCGACCCAAAAGAAGCUCAAUCUGAUGUACGAAGUGGCGUCCGAGGUGCCUGACCCCCUCAUUGGAGACGCGCUUCGCCUCAAGCAAAUCAUCACCAAUCUGAUUGGUAACGCCAUUAAGUUCACUGAUGCCGGCGGACGGGUAGCGCUCAAGUGCACGCUGGCCAAGAUGCUUUCGCCAAGUUCUGCACUCCUGGAAUUCUGCGCUUCCGACUCUGGUAUCGGUAUCAAGCAGGACAAGCUUGACGUCAUUUUCGACACCUUCUGUCAAGCCGACGGCUCUACGACCAGAAAGUAUGGCGGCACAGGCCUAGGCCUGUCUAUUUCGCGCAGAUUGGUCAACCUCAUGGGCGGUGACCUUUGGGUGAGGUCAAAUUACGGCAGAGGUUCCGACUUUUUCUUCACCAUGCUCGUCGAGCUGGACCGUGUGGAUGGCGAGCAGGUCAGCGAAAAGAUGCAUCCGUACGUGGGCCGGAACAUUUUCUACCUUGACACUUUGCACGACCGGACGGGUGUCCAAGGUAUGCUGGAGGAGCUCGGGCUCAAGGUGUUCACUGCACACAGCGUUGAAGAAGCGGCUCAGCGUAAACGCAACAUGCCGCGCAUCGAUGCCAUCAUUGCCGACUCACUCAGCGUCAUCGAAGAUUUGCGAACUGUUGAGCAUCUGAGAUACAUCCCGAUCAACUUGGUCUCUCCUUCGGCACUCACUCUGAACCUGACCUAUUGUCUCGACCACGGCAUCUCGUCCUACACCAACACGCCCAUCACACUCGCCGAUCUGUUCGCAACCCUACUGCCAUCGCUGGAGAGCAGUGCAGCAGCCCCAUCAGAGGGAAGCAACGAGGUGUCAUAUGACAUACUUUUGGCUGAGGAUAAUGUCGUCAACCAGAAGCUGGCCUGCAAAAUCCUACAAAAUCAAGGCCACAAGGUGGAUGUGGUAGACAACGGCCAAUUGGCAGUCAUGGCGGUGAAGAAGAGGAAGUACGACGUGAUCUUAAUGGACGUCUCUAUGCCGGUCAUGGGAGGCAUUGAAGCUACGAUUGCCAUCAGAGAAUUCGAGAGCACUCUGCCCACCGAUGACAGGGUCCCCAUCGUUGCCCUCACAGCGCACGCCAUGCUUGGCGACAAGGAAAAGUGCCUGCAGGCGGGUAUGAGCGCUUAUGUCUCCAAGCCCAUUCGAAGAGUAGAGUUGAUAAGUACCCUGCAUUCCCUCUUGUCUGCCAAGAAGGGUGGACCGAGAUCAAGACCCCAGUAG